AUGCCCCUCGAGGUGGUUGGGGAGCUGGCAGCCUUCCUGGCGACUGGUGACUCGGGAACCAUUAAGAGGAGACAGGAAGGAGAUAAUUUCCAGUUUCCAGGCAUGGCUGACGGGGGUUACCCUAAUAAAAUCAAGAGGCCUUGCCUGGAAGACGUUACCCUUUCUAUGGGCCCGAGCGCCCACCCCAGCACGUCCUGUGCGGAGCUGCAGGUUCCUCCGCUAACCAUGAACCCCAGUCCCUCGGCUGUGGGAGUAACGGGCCAUUCGUUGCCACUCGAGGCGAAUCCCAUGAAUGGCAAUGUCAUGGGCUCACCAUUCGUGGUGCCGCCGGCUGCGGAAGUGGGACUGAAAGGGCCCACUGGUCCCUACUAUGACAAAGCCAACAGCGCGCCGGCUGUGGACCAGGAACUUCAGGAUCUCCUGGAGGAGCUAACAAAAAUCCAAGAACCUUCUCCAAAUGACCUAGAUCUCGAGAAGAUCCUGGGGAGCAAGCCAGAAGAGCCACUGGUCUUAGAGCCCCCGCAGGUGACCCUGGGGACAACUGCCAAGCCUCCGGUUCAGAUGCCGCCCUUGGAGAGCCUGGGUGCCAGCAAGGAGUUUGCUUCCAGUUGCAGCCAGCUCCCUGCCGCCGCGCUGCAAGUCCCGCCCUCCCCGGCGGGGAUCGGCUACGCCAUUCCCUCCAGCAGUAAGCAGGUGGCCGCGCCCAGCUCUCCGGCGGCACAGGCCAAGAGCCAGGUCCAGGGGGUGCUCCCCGGCACUCUGCCCCCGCUCCCGGUGCCUCAGUGGCAUCACGCCCACCAGCUGAAGGCGCUGGCGGCCAGCAAGCAGGGGUCCGCCACGAGGCAGCCCGGGCCCAGCCCCAGCUGGUCGGGCCUGCCGCCUCCGGGCCUCUCCCCGUCCUACCGCCCCGUGCCAUCGCCGCACCCGCCGCCCCCGCCGCCGCCGCCGCCGCAGUUCAGCCCGCAGAGCCUCAUGGUGUCCUGCAUGGCGUCCGGCAGCCUGCCGGGGAGCGCUUUCCAAGCGUCGCCCAACGCCUUACUCGCCAGCAUGGCAUCCAGCGGCAGCGCCGCCCUUGGGCCCGCCAUGCUCUACACUCCCGAGAAGCUCCCCAGCCCCGCUCUCAGUCAGCAGCCGCAGUUCAGCCCGCAGAGCUCCCUUCUGGCCAACCUGGUGUCCUCUAGUGUCAAAAGUCCGCCGGGACACCUGCUGUCCGCUCUGCCCACCAGCACCCCGGGGCCCUCCCCGCCCUACCGGCCGGAGAAGCUGUCCAGCCCGGGCCUGCCGCAGCAGUCCUUCACCCCGCAGUGCUCCCUGAUCCGGAGCGUCACCCCCUCCGGCAACGCGCUAACUCAGCCGCCGCCGCCGCCGCCGCCCCCCCCCCCGCAGCCAACAAGCAUCUUCAAGCCCGUGACCGCCAACUCACCCAAAACCCUGAGCAUGAUCAUGCAGCAGGGGCUGGCCAGCCCCAGCCCGGGAGUCCCGGAGCCAUUUACUUUUGGCAACACCAAGCCCCUGUCGCAUUUCGUUUCCGAGCCGGGCCCCCAGAAGGUGCCCUCCGUGCCUGCCACCUCUAGGCAGCAGUCCCUGCUCCGCUACCUGCAGCAGCCGCCGCCGGCCCCCUCCGCCACCGCCCCGUCCACCACCACUGCCACCUUGCAGCUGCAGCAGCCGCAGCCUGACCACUCCUCGUUCCUCCUGCAGCAGAUGAUGCAGCAGCCCCAGCGCUUUCAGCGGUCAGUGGCCCCGGACUCCAUGCCUUCUCUGCCCAGACAGGUAAGACGAGCUCACGUCUGGUCGCGUUCCUUGGUUUUGGUGCAAAUAAGAACCGUGGUCUGUGCUAUCGGUAACCUGGCUCUGGAGGCAAAUCAGCCUGUAGUCCCCUCUGAGACUGGACUCGACUCUGGAAAAGUCUGUUUAAGCCAGCUGACUCCGUGUGGUCCAAGUGCAGUACUAAUGAGGCCAAGGUUAUGCUUUCUGUUCCUGUGCAGGCCACUUACCUUCUCUGGGAGGAAAAGUGCCCCCAGAAG